AUGAGCACUACGGUAAGUCCAGAUAUGAAGAUAUGUGUAGUGGAGUCAAAUAGAAAGCCACUUCUGGGACGGGAAUGGUUACGUAAGUUGAAUCUGGAUUGGAACCAGAUUUUCAACGCGGACUACAAUGCGCAAGCGGUUUCAUCACUCCAUAAGCAUCAAGCACGUAUCCGUCUACAGGCGAAUGUGCAACCGAUCUUUAUUAAAGCAAGCAAGCUACCGUUUGCAUUACGUGACGCGGUGGAAAAGGAGCUCGAGGAUUUGGAGAGAAAUGGUAUCAUAAAGAAAAUUGAUUCAGCCAAAUGGGCUACACCAAUCGUACCCGUUAAGAAGCAAGGAAACGAAGUGAGAUUGUGCGGCGAUUACAAAAUUAGAGUGAAUCCGUGCAUAGUUGUUGAGGAGCAUCCACUUCCAACGAUUGAAAAGCUUUUUGCUUCCAUGGCUGGCGGACAACAGUUUUCAAAGAUUGACCACACCAAAGCCUAUUUACAAUUAGAAGUUAACCCGGAUGAUCGGGAAAUUUUAACGCUCAGUACACAUCGCGGGCUAUAUCAACCGACAAGGCUAAUGUAUGACAUUACUUCAGGACCAGUGAAAUGGCAGCGAGAAAUCGAACAAAUUCUGAAGGAUAUAGACGGGGUGUCGGUAUUAUUGGAUGACAUAAAAAUCACUGCACCAAACGACGAUAUACACUUACAGCGCCUGGAACUCGUUUUGUCUCGCCUCAACAAAUACAAUAUGCGUGUAAAUUUUGAUAAAUGCGUAUUUAUGGGAAACGAAGUUGAAUAUUGCGGAUACAAAAUCGACCGUUUAGGUAUACACAAAAGUACAAGGGAAAAUAGACGCAAUUACACAAAUGCCAGAUCCAGCUAA